UCCAUCCCCUCGCGCCCACCGAAUCCACUUCUCACAGCGCGCGGGCUGCUGGCGGGAAGGCACGAGAAAGAGAGAGAGUGAGGGAAAGAAAGGAGGGAGGGAGGGAAAGGAGAGAUCGUGUGUGUGUGUGUGUGUGUUUGUGUGUGCGCGCGUGUCUCUUUGUGUGCACGUGGAUUGCACCACCGCAUCCCGUUCACCGUUUCUGCAGGCGGCCAUGCUCCGAUGGAGAAAAUAGAACUGACAACAAUUUAUUUUUCCUCAGAUUUAUCCACCGCCGUGUCAUUCCAGAUGUGACUGACAAGUCGUUUUAUGUCGCCUGCAUUGAGUCCUGUGCCGUUCACCUCGGAGAGACUGUGACACCAUGGCUUUGGUUAUGGAACCUAUAAGUAAAUGGACACCAAAGCAAGUGCUGGACUGGAUGAAAGGUCUGGAUGACUGUCUCCAGCAGUACGUGAAGAGUUUCGAGCGGGAGCAGAUGGGGGGAGAGCAGCUGCUGCACAUCACCCAUCAGGAGCUGGAGGAGCUGGGUGUCACCAGAAUAGGACACCAGGAGCUCAUUCUGGAAGCUGUCGACCUCCUCUGUGCCCUGAACUACGGCCUAGAGACAGAGAAUCUCCGGACUCUGUCCCACAAGCUGAAUGCUUCGGCAAAGAACCUUCAGAACUUCAUCCUGGGCCGGCGGAGGGGUGGACACUACGAUGGACGAGCUUCCCGGAGGCUACCCAAUGAUUUCCUCACCUCAGUGGUGGAUCUGAUUGGUGCAGCCAAGAACCUGCUAGCCUGGCUCGACAGGUCUCCGUUUGCCAGUGUGACAGAGUAUUCCUUACUGAAGAACAACAUUGUGCAGCUCUGCCUAGAAUUAACUACUAUUGUACAACAGGAUUGCACUGUGUAUGAGACAGAGAAUAAGAUUCUCCAUGUGUGUAAGACCUUAGCAGGGAUAUGUGACCACAUCAUCUCGCUGUCAUCAGACUCUCUGGUCUCUCAGUCAGCCCAUCUGGAGGUAGUUCACCUUACCAGCAUCAUGCCCAGUGAAGGACUGGGGAUGUAUAUCAAAUCGACGUACGAUGGACUCCACGUUAUCACUGGCACCACAGAGAAUUCUCCAGCAGACCAGUGUAAGAAGAUCCAUGCAGGGGACGAGGUGAUCCAAGUCAACCACCAGACAGUGGUUGGCUGGCAGCUGAAGAACCUGGUCAACGCUCUGAGAGAAGACCCAUGCGGAGUCAUCCUCACGCUGAAGAAAAGGCCCCAGAACACCCUGAGCUCCACCCCGGCUCUGCUCAGGAAUGUCCGCUGGAAACCACUGGGUCUGCAGCCAAUCCCCACCAGCCCCACCAGCACCUCCCCUACACCCGGUGGAACUUUGGGCAUGUCCAAAAUGGACGCUCCCAGCAUGCAGGACGUGUAUAUCCUCUCUCCUGUGUCUGGACUCUACAGCACCAGGGAGGAGCUGGGUAUGAUGUCAUGCGACGACAUCAGCCGCUACAGCGUGAGCUCCCAGUCGGGCUCCAAAGGUUCUGAGGCAGUCAGCUACUACCUGGACCAGGACAGCGGUCAGUUCUUCUCCCUGCUAGAGGGAGACGGACCCCCUGGGCCUGACUAUGACAGGGGUCGCAAUACAGGGGUUCGCCGGCGGGACAAGACCCCCACCCAUGGUGACCUCAGGCCUGUUUCCAUGCCUCCCGAAUAUAACUGGAUGGCCGAGGCCAAGGAACCCAGCUUGGGCAAGAGAGGGAGCCGAGAUUCAGACAACUCCCUGCUGCGUUACCUUAGCGACGACAAGAUCCUGGUGAUUGAGGAGGAGCCCGAGGGUCCGGGCAGAGAGAGUCGGCGGGAUUCCACCAGACGUUCUCGGCGCAAGAGCCGCAAUCCCAGCAGCCCUAGCUUUCCCAUUAGCCCCUCCAUGCUGUCCUCCACUCUGCGCCUAGAUCAGCCACCUGAUCCUUUGCCUCGAGGUGCGGACACACUGCGAGCAGACACAACCGAAAGAUACUCAGGAAGCUCAGGAGCAGCCUCCAUGAGGAAGUCUUUCCAUUACACCUCUCUAAGAACGAAAACCAAAAAGCGAAGUAAAGGUUCCCUCACUAGUGCCAGUCGAAGGAGAAUUUCGUGUAAGGACCUGGGCCACGGUGACUGUGAGGGCUGGCUGUGGAAGAAGAAGGAUGCUAAAGGCUACUUCACCCAGAAAUGGAGGAAGUACUGGUUUAUCCUCAAAGAGUCCUGCCUUUACUGGUACACCAACCAAAAUGAUGAGAAGGCUGAGGGCUUCAUCAGCCUCCCAGAGUUCAGAAUAGACCGAGCCAUAGAGUGCAGAAGGAAAUUUGCCUUCAAAGCCUGUCAUCCCAAAAUCAAGAGCUUCUUCUUUGCCACAGAUUGUCUUGAGGAAAUGAACAGGUGGAUGAACCGGCUGGGGCUAGCUGCUAUUGGCUACACCCCAGACGACAAGGUGCCACGCCCGGAUGAAGACUACUGGAGUGAGAGUGAUCAAGACGAGGUAGAUGGCUCAAUGACGCUCAAACAGGAGGGACCCUCAUCCCUCUGUGAUACUUAUCACCGCACACCAUCAGUCAAUUCCUCAAGCCCCUUCCCGGAGCCCAAGCACGGCCGACAUUUCUCCAGCGAGUCCACACACUCCCACUCCUCGGCCGAGGACCAGCGUGGAGACGGGAUGGGCAUGGGGACUGGGACAGGCAGCACAAGUACCCACUCAUCAGGCUGCCGUUCUUCCCAUCGUGAGCGUCGGUCCUGGCAGGACCUCAUUGAGACCCCUCUGACCAGCGCAGGGCUGCACUUUCUCCAGACUGCGCCGGGGGAGAGCGAUUAUGGAGGCCUUAUGGGGAGCAUGGCUGGAGAGAUGGGGCUGUACGGAGGGCUGGGCCGACAGAGCAUGUCCCCAGAGAGACGCAGGCAGGCCACGCUGCCCGUGCGGAGACACCACGCCGCAGAGAGGGACAGGGAGCGAGACGGGCCCUUCCCUCUGGAGCGAGGUCCACACACACACAGUCACGCACACCGACGGUCUCACAAGCAACGCAGCCAGAGUCUGCCCAGGAACAGGGACCCGAUGCCAGGGAAGCUGUUACACACCUCAGCUCAUAUGGAGGAGAGGAGCGAGGACGAGGAGGCGGAGGGACAGGCUGCAGAUAUUCUGCAGGGGGAGGAGGCAGUGAAUCUGACUCCUCUCCUGGGUGUCUCAGACCUGCGGGAGUUGAGAGUUGAGAGCAGAGAAAGGAGGGUGUCGGAGGGAAGGGAGCGGCGGGUGUCAGAGGGCCGUGAGCCGGAGCUGUUGGACGGGCUAGAGCAGCUGUACCGGGCCCUGGAGCAAGCCAACGUGACAGCCCUAGGAGACCCAAGACCCUGUAGCAGGCAGGAGCUUCGACGUUGUUUCACCCAGAGAGCCAGGGACCCCCUGCUCAAUGACAGACUUCACCGGGUCCGAGCCCUCCGCAGCACCUUGAAGGCCAAAGAGUCCGAGCUGGCAGUAAUAUGUGCGCUCCUGGAGGACCCUGGCCUGUGCUCCCAGACCUUCAGAGAGUGGAAGCAGUGGCACAGCGAGCUCUACUCAGACAUCUGCCAGCUCAGUCCGGGCACCAACGGCCAGGACGACCUCUCCCCGCUGGCCGCACCUCUCAUGACCCACACACACUCCUUCAUUGAGACACAUGUGUGAGAAAGAGAAGAAGAAGCAAAGACUGAACUGAUGCACGCACACACACGCACGCACACACACACUGGGAGCUUUCCAUUAGCUGAAUCCUCUCUCUUGAUCACGACUCUGAGCACGCACUCACACAAACACGCACACACACAGGAACACACAUUGUAAGAUGUGUAAAUAUCAUAGAGGGAACAGUCUGAGACCUGCGUGUACGAACUUUUGAUAAUCCUGAGGACCCCACAGGGUGCCUAUUGCAUGCCUGAACAGAAAGCAUUAAUCUUCCUUUGUCUAUGGAACUCAGCAUAAACUCCACACGCUUGUCGAGCAAAAUGGAAAAAAAGGAGGACUUUUUAACAUGUUCGUUCCUUUGUAUUCUCUCGGUUUUGCUAUUUUUUCCUGUUUAUUUAAGGGGUCAGGGGGAGCUAUGUAGCAGCAAUACAGAGGAGAAUCCUUUUCACCACAGCACUGUACUACUUUUGUACUGAUGAACUUUGCACCCAGAGCCACCAGUUCUCCCCCUUUCUCUCUCUAUCUUUUUGUUUUCUCUCACCGCAUAUCUCAUUGAUUUACAGGGACCUCACUUGUUUUUCUAGGCUGAGCCGACGGGACAGUGUGGGGAAAGUAAGGGCAGUGAGUUUAGUAUAAGACUGUGAAAGGUAGCCAUCAAUGCUGGUUUAUCUGUUUUAGCCGUUCCUCUGGGAACCAAUGAAAACAAGUGUCACGAGCAUUGAAGGAACCAUUGUGCUGGCUAGAUGCGCACUAUUUCAAACUGUGAACUGUUCAAAAAAAAAAAAAAACAACCACAAUUUUAUCUGCAGAAGGAGGCUCCUCUGACAGCUAUGAUUCAGUUUGCAUUCUCAUUCCCUCUCUUUCUUUUCAUUACCUCUCUCUCUCUCUUGCUCUGUGUUUCUGUCAUCUCCUCCUUCUCUUAAUAUUCCUUUGUUUCCUCUCUCUCUCUCUCUCUAGUCGUCAAAGACUUGUGUAUAUGUGUAUACUGCUGUGUAUACUGAUGUAAAUGUUUGCGUUCCACUACCACUGUGAUAUGCUUCUAGAGGUAGCGGAGGGAAGACAGAGAGUAUGUAUUUGCGUGGGUGCAAAACGUUUUGGGGGUUUUUUGUUUUGUUUUUUCAGUUUCUCAUCUUUUUCUUUUAUCAGCGAAUGCAAGAGCUGGAGAGUUCUUUUCAAAGGAGUCACUCACUACAAAGAAUGCACUUUCUAUAUCUCUAUAUCUCAUUGGCUGCAUCACAAGGUCUAUGUCUCAUUGGCCUAUUUACCAUUGCUGUUCAAAAUAUCAGGUAAAAGCAUUUGCCGUCUCAUUUUCUAAAGAUUUGUGUACAGUCUACAAAUAUAUUUAAACAUAGAAGAAUAUAUAAAUCUAUUUACGUUUUGUGUCAUAGAUAUAAUGUAAAGUAUGAUGUAUUCUAUGCCAAGGUUUUGCAGUGUCCCCCUCUUCACUCUGUAGAUGCAGGGUGUUUAGCAGUUGAACAACUAGGAGGCAGAACAACAACAACAAACUCCAUCAUUGACAGUUUUCUGGUUUACAUCAUGGCUGACCCUUCUCCUGGUGAUGUGUUGCAUGAGAAAAGGCCUGGGGCUGAUUUAUUGGACAGGGUAAAAUAUUGUGGAUCAUUUGCGUUCUUUUCUUUUUAUCUUCCUCCCAUGAUUGCAAGAUAGUUUGACUUGUAGCGCAUGAUACAUGCAAAAGCACUGUUGAAAUAUGACUUUUUAUUUAUAUGUUCAUAGAUUUAAUGUAUUCUUCUGAUUUUCAUUAGAUAGUGUUUGAAGACACACACUGUACAAUAACUGAGGGAGGCAUGUUUGCUGCUCAGUUACGUGAUCUAAUGCAGAUCCUCCUUCAGCAUCCUAGAAGGGGGUUUCAAUUUGAUGUUUUGGUUUACAUGGAAGGACAGACACUAGUCCAAAGGCUUCAGGAAACUUACCUGACAGACAACAGUACAGUUACUCAAAACUAACAAAAGCUAUUUUGACAUUCCCUCAUAGAUUAUGGUUGAUACUGGACGGUCAAAGACCUCGCUACACUAAAUGGUCUUUAAUGUCUGUGAAACCCGGAUGAAUCAUUUCAUCUGCAAUAUCAGGCCAAGGACUCGACGGUGCCCCCCAGUGUCGAAGACUCUGAGAGACAUGCGUAGCAACUGCUGCAUCCAGCACUAUCUGUACUUAUUCUUCAUAUUUUACUGUAGUUCUUUGCGUGUAGGUUCAGGUUUUUUCAUCAUGUCACACUGUCGUGAAAUAUCAAACACACCCCAGAGAUAUAGCUCAUGUUUUUUGAAUGGUUAAUUUGAGAGUACCACAAAGAAACUAAAUGAUGCAAGCACUUUCCCUGUGCCUCCCAACCCUCUCUUUGGCAACGAUGGACUGACUAUACUGGCGAUCCUACACACACACACAGCUGUAGAAGAGUUACAAUACAGAUUUAGUCUGCAGACCUCUCAUCUUUAGCUUUGGUCUUCUUUAUCCAGCCGCUGCUCCGCUGAGCAGGCGACAUACUGUAGAUUAAGGAGUGUGAGUUAUGAUUUGUAGGCACAGACUGUGUUAUCCCUCCCAGAUCUUUGUGUGUGUGGACCUGCAGAAACAGGCCGAAAAGGGAGAUUCCACUGUGUGUUCUUUCAGGGGUGUACACCUCAUGGUACAUUGCACAGGUGUGUAAGAUGUAAGUUGCACUGCGACAUUAAAAAAGGAACAUAUUGCUCUUUUUCAAGGAUAAUAUUAGCUUACUGUUAUUCUGUACAUUAAACUGACUAAAGAUGAUAUUAAAAAAGAAAGAAAAUGACAUUUAUUCUUCCUAAAGUAGCCUUUUUUGGUUUCAUAUAUAUGAAUAUAUAUUACAAAAAAGACAGAUUGUAAACUUAAGUUGUUAAACUUUGACUUCAAUAAACUGAAUCCU